UUGGGUAUGGCGGCUGCGAUUGCUAGCUGGCUAUGGCGCCCUCCAUUGUUCCCUCGGCAUCGAUCAUACGGCGGCAUCGAUUUGAGGAUUCGAAGGCGUUGCGCUGUCGCAAGAAAAUGGAGGCCCUCUCCUCGUCCCCUGAUUGCACCUUGUCGUGCGUCGCCCGACGACAAGGAAGAGAGCAGCAAAGAGGACAAGGGAGUGGAGACUGGAGGAAGUGAUCCUCCCGCUGAAGUAUCGGAGCCUUCUAAAGUGAUCAGUGGGUCUCCUCUUCCAGGAGUCAAGGCGCCGCUCGAAAGCAUCAAAAUCCCGAAAGAGGUCCUGGAAACCAUUCGUAACCAGAUUUUCGGCUUUGAUACGUUCUUUGCUACGAGCCAGGAGUACUAUGAGGCGGGAGUUAUCUUCCGUGGAAACAUGCGUGGGGAGCCUGCGGCAAGCCAUGCCAAGCUAAGCAGCAGACUACAGGAGAAGUUUGGAGACGAGUACCAGCUUUUCUUCAUCUCCGAUCCAGAGGGAGACAAGCCUCUCGCGGCCAUAGUCAGAAACACCUCCUUGCAAACUGAGCCAGGAGCUAUACCCGAUUGGUUUACAGUUGCCGCCUUUGGGCUCGUCUCACUUGUCACCAUUUUUCUUCGAAACUCCCCUGCCCUGCAGCUGAGCCUCUUGACAGGAAGUUUUACUUUCGAACAGGUAUUGGAUGCUGUGCCGAGAGCGCUAGUCACUCUAUCAGUUCUCCUUGCGCACGAAGCGGGCCACUACGUUGCUGCCAAGAGAAAUGGAGCAAGCAUCGGGUUGCCGUACUUCAUUCCGAGCUGGCAGCUCGGGUCAUUUGGUGGAAUCACCAGAGUGACAAGCGUGCUGAAGAACAGAUCAGAGCUCGUGGAAAUUGCUGCGUCGGGUCCUCUCACUGGCGCGGUUCUCGCGCUGGCAAUCAUUGUUGUGGGGCUCUUGUUGACACCCGAAAAAGGAGACGGGCUUCUUGUCAGUUCAUCGAUCUUUCACGACUCCCUUCUUGUCGGAGGAAUUGCGAAGCUCUUACUUGGCGAUGCUCUCAAGGAGGGUUCCACCAUAUCCAUUAAUCCAGUGAUCCUCUCAGCGUGGUCUGGCUUGCUGAUAAACGCAAUCAACUGCAUUCCAAUUGGUGAGAUUGACGGUGGACGAAUCGCUCAAGCACUCUGGGGGAGGAAGGGGUGGUCUCGAUUCACUGGUGUCUCAAUUGCUCUACUUGGCUUAACUGGAAUUUUCAGCGACGUUGCGCUCUACUGGGUCGUCCUGGUUGUUUUUCUCCAACGCGGGCCUAUUGCUCCUCUCGCGGAUGAAGUAACGCCUCCAAGCUCAAAGCAUAUAGUUGCUGGUGUUUCAGCUCUACUUCUAAGCUUGCUAGUCUGCUGCCCCUUUCCGUUUCUAUUUACCUGAAGGGGGCUGAGGUUAGCUCAAGUUAUUUCUCACAUCUUUGAUGUUCAAAAAGUUCAAGCAAAACAAAACAUACUCUUUUACGUGUG